AUGAAAUCUAACAUUACUAUGAAUAGUGACACCGCAAUAGUGGAUCGGAUCGGUUUAGGCCCUGACUUAUGUCUGGUUUACUCAAACAUUAACCGUGAAAUUCGUCUUCGUAGGGGCACUACGCGUUUGUCUAUAGGAGCACACGAAGUGACUCCUCCACUUGUUCAAUUAUACGAGGAUGAGAACGCCUUCAUUAGAUGUUGCCCUACCCUGGAUGUAAUCCGCGCUGAUAAUAAGCUGACUGAUCUGAAUAUUCAAUUAAAAGACAAGGAGAAAUUGCAUGUGCAUAGAUUAAUCUUGGCUGCACGGAUACCCUCCAUGUAUGAAGAACUGAAGGAGCCUCCAACAAGGCGUAACUCAGUUCUUCACUGGCCGUCAUUUUCCCUAAUAUCUGCCUCUGCCUUCAUAACUUAUGUGUACACCGGCCAGCUGACGGUCAGCGAAGAAAAUGCCAUGGAACUGAUCCUUUUGGCAAGGGAGGUUUCCCUCUCAUGCGUGGAGACGUGGGCUGGAGGUUAUUUGGCUACCAGGGCCGCCAGUUUGCCCGCGUCUCUUCUGCUGUUUGGAGAAGCCAGUGAAGGCAAUCAUUGGUCAGUUGUCAGCUAUGACACCGAGACCGGCAGGGAGGAAGUUUUGGGACGAAUGAGAAAACGCUUUUAUGCAGCCUAUAUAACCCUGGGAGAGCACGUCUUCUCAAUUGGCGGCUGGGUAGAUGGACAAGGUGCAUCCUCGCGUGUGGAUGUAUUUGAUACAAGGGAGCGUCGCUGGAAGCUGCAAGCGCCGCUCAUCAUUCGUCGUCAACAGCACGCAGCAACCCUCGUCAACGUUGGCGAUUCAGCCAAGGGCGACAACGAGGCGCUGAUUUUUGUUUGUGGCGGGGGCUAUAAUCAACCAGCUGAUUGUGGUGGCGGCUGGCAGCUUCUGCGUGCUUGUGAAAUUUUUGAUCCUCAACAGUGUAGGUGA